GUUGGACUCCUUAGACGUGGUGAACAGAGGUGACAUAAUAGAGUGGAUCUACUCGCUGCAGGUGCUCCCCACCGAAGACCGUGAGAUCAAACCUAAAUCGCUGUGGUUUCCGAGGCUCUUCCCACCUGGGCAUCCCCUUCAAUCCGUCCAAGAAUCCUGGAACAGCUCAUCCUUACGAUAGUGGCCAUAUAGCAAUGACCUACACCGGCCUUUCAUGUUUAGUUAUUCUUGGAGAUGACUUAAGCCGCGUAAACAAAGAAGCUUGCUUAGCUGGCCUGAGAGCCCUGCAGCUGGAGGAUGGGAGCUUCUGUGCGGUUCCGGAAGGCAGUGAAAAUGACAUGCGGUUUGUGUACUGUGCGUCCUGCAUUUGCUACAUGCUCAACAACUGGUCGGGCAUGGAUGUGAAGAGGGCCAUCAGCUACAUCCGCAGAAGCAUGUCCUACGACAAUGGGUUGGCCCAGGGAGCCGGACUUGAAUCUCACGGAGGAUCAACUUUCUGUGGCAUUGCCUCCCUGUGUCUGAUGGGCAAGUUGGAAGAGGUGUUUUCAGAAAAGGAGCUGAACAGGAUAAAGAGGUGGUGCAUAAUGCGGCAGCAGAACGGCUACCAUGGGCGGCCCAACAAGCCUGUGGACACCUGCUACUCCUUCUGGGUGGGAGCGACUCUCAAGCUCCUGAAGAUUUUCCAGUACACUAACUUUGAGAAAAACAGAAAUUAUAUCUUAUCAACUCAGGACCGCCUCGUAGGGGGAUUUGCCAAGUGGCCGGACAGCCAUCCAGAUGCUUUGCAUGCGUACUUUGGGAUCUGCGGGCUGUCUCUCAUGGAGGAGAGCGGCAUCUGCAAAGUCCAUCCUGCCCUGAAUGUGAGCACACGGACGUCAGAGCGCCUUCGAGAUCUCCAUCGCGCGUGGAAGAGCCAGGGCUGCGUACAGAGCUCGGAGCACGUGCAGGUAGAGACGUGACGGCGGCAGGCCGGCGCGGAGCACAGCUGCAGCACCAGGCUAGAGGCCACGUGCGACCAAGUGUGCUCCUCCACAGAGAGAGCGACACCACCGCGCGGUGCAACCUUCCCACCAGGCUUCGGGAAAGCCUCGGGUGAAGUUUGAACCACAGCAGUGGAUGUUGUUUGGUUCUUAAAUGUUACACUGUAUUUUUAAGAAAUUCUUUGAGGCAAAUCAACUGUGUGGAGGUAGGUUAUCUUUUUAAAACGCUUUGGUACAAAUUAUAUCUUAAAAUAUGGACACAGAUCUUCAAACCAGUUUACACUUCUCUCAGCGUUGAUAACCCUCAAGUGGCAAUGACUGUUUAACGGUCCUGACUGGUGCCGGUUGGGGAAAGACGGCUUUACUGAAUCAUGUGUCAGGAUCACUCUUCAAAAAGAGAUGAUCCCAUCAUUUGUUUUUUUUUUAAGAAUGACUUGUUUUAUUCUUCAGUGUGCCAAUUAAAACUUUUGUGGCCUAUAAAAAUGAAAUUAAUUGUUUGUAACAAGAAUAAAUAGGUGCAACUAAUA